AUGCUUGCUGAAGCUGCAUUGAACUGUACAGCAAUUCAAAUUCGUCUACUAUUCGCUAUGGUGCUGACUACAUGUUUCCCAGCCCGAGCACAGAUACUAUGGGAAAAUCACAAAGAUUCAAUGGCUGAUGAUAUAUUGCAUCAACAUCGUAUACGGUGCCACGAUCCAACCAUAACAUUCAGCGACGAAAUGUACAAUGAAGCAUUGAUUGCUAUUGAGGAUCUGUGCAUUGUCAUUGCCAACUUACCACUUAGUAAUUUCGGUAUGGAUUCGCCAAAUCGAACUGCAUCUGAUUUAAUGAAUACUGAAAUGAAUCGUGAACUGCAGUACAGUACUGUAAAAAUGGUAGCAAUUGUUGCCCGCAAUGUCCCACUAAUGAAUGAGGAACAAAGAACCAUUUAUGAUCGCAUUAUGCUCGCAGUUUCAGCUGGACAAGGUGGGUUCUUCUUUUUGGAUGCACCGGGAGGAACUGGCAAAACGUUCGUUAUUUCGCUAAUUGUGGCUGAAAUGCGAUCUAAUAAUGGCAUCGCAUUGGUCGUUGCAUCAUCGGGCAUUGUAGCAACUUUAUUGGAUGGAGGUAGAACAGCUCAUUCAGUAUUUAAGGUACCACUAAAUAUUCAGAAUAACCCGGACGCAGUAUGCAACAUUAAGAAACAAUCGGCCAUGGCCACUGUGCUGAAACGGUGUAAAAUUAUUAUUUGGGAUGAAUGUACUAUGGCACACAAACAUUCACUUGAGGCGUUGAACAGGACAUCGAAAGAUAUUAAAAACAGUGACAAACUAUUUGGCGGAACUCUGUUGGUCCUUUCAGGUGAUUUCAGACAAACACUUCCAGUCAUUCCACGUUCAACAUACGCUGAUGAGAUCAACGCUUGCUUAAAAUCAUCUCCAUUGUGGCUUUGUGACGACAGCGAAGCAGUAAAUUUUCCCACAGAGUUUUUGAACUCACUGGAUUUGCCAGGCAUGCCACCGCAUAAUUUACGAUUAAAGGUUGGAUCUCCAAUUAUCUUGCUUCGUAAUUUGAACCCGCCCCGGCUGUAUGUGCCCAUUCAAUUCAAACGUACUCAGUUUCCGAUUAGAUUGGCAUUUGCAAUGAGUAUCAACAAAUCCCAAGGUCAAACGAUGUCUGUUUGUGGAUUAGAUUUGAGAACACCAUGUUUUCCACACGGACAAUUAUACGUGGCAUGCUCUCGAGUGGGUAAACUAUCCAUUUUCGUUGCCAUACUCCUCCGAAACGGCUUGACCGAUUUUGAUGAAAUUUUUUGUGCUUAUCCGAAAAAUCAUAAAGAAACAUUUCAAAGGCGGAGAAAACUUUAUUUCCACUCUCGACUUGUCCCCGUGGCAGCGGGACUGCUACCGAGGCGUUACCGGCUUGGCCAAUAUGCAGAUACCCCAGUAGGACUGGUGGCGCCCCGUCUCCUCGGGGGUGAAAUCAUGUCGGUAACGUGGAGAAACUGGCGUCAGUCAAACCCCAGAACUGAGCCGCUACUUUGGUUUAUCCUCUUUGCGGGGAACGGUGGGGGAGCGUGCAUUCCACGCCAUUUUCAUUUCGGAGCUCAGUCGAGCCACGUCAAAUGGGCAUAUUCCCGUGCAUUUUUGGAGCGAUACCCAUCCAAUAUUCAUUGA